GAUGGUGUUGGUAAUCCUGAAUGUCGUGAAGGUCACGAGCGUGGAUGCUGAGUCGGCGAUUUAGAUAAACAUCCAGUAAGGAUUCGAGAGAGUUGAUUUGAUCUGAAAGGACGGUCAUGGCUACGAUAGUGGAAUUGCUGUCCAGGAACAACCCAGUGUUUACAGGUUAUGUCUUCUAUGCUACAAUACUUAUCCUCAAACUGCUGGCCAUGUCAGUUCUGACAGCACGUCAGAGAAUGAGGAAGAAGGUGUUUGCCAACCCAGAGGACAGUGGCAGGUUAAAAGGGAAGGUGAAGUUUGAUGAUCCUGAUGUCGAGAGAGUUAGAAGGUAAUACUUGUUCAGUCCAAAAAGUAGUCCGUAUUUCAUUAAUUAUUGGCUGAUCAAAAGACGCGGUGUUAUUAUGGAAUUAGUCAAAAACUAG